AAGCUGUGUCUAUCCUAAGCUAAACCAUUUACACAACUGGUGAAGGAAAUGCAACUUCAUCGAGAAGACUUCGAAAUAAUUAAAGUAAUCGGAAGAGGUGCUUUUGGUGAGGUGGCUGUCGUCAAAAUGAAGAACACUGAGCGCAUAUAUGCCAUGAAAAUCCUCAACAAGUGGGAGAUGCUUAAGAGAGCAGAGACGGCUUGUUUCCGGGAAGAACGCGACGUGCUGGUGAAUGGGGACUGUCAGUGGAUCACUGCGCUGCACUAUGCCUUUCAGGAUGAGAAUUACCUGGUAGGUGUGGGUCGCCAAGAGCCUAAGGACCCUAUCAAGUGGCAUCUCACUGAAGUGUUUCGAUUCCUUUGUGCUGCCGCUAAAAAAUGAGUGAGACGCUUUGGAACUGUCGUUGCUUAAAUGUACAUUUGACAGAUAAAACUGAGGGUUUGUUUUCAUGUAAUCAUCAGGUGGACUUUUUUCCUCUAAUCACUAGAUAAGGUGCUUAUUUUAUUCACUUGAUUUAUUAUAAACUGGGGGUUUAAAACAUUUUCUGUCU